AUGAUACUCCCAAUCGAAUUCGGAGUAGAGGAAAUUAGUGAGCGGUUCAAAAGAAGCAGUCACUGCGUGGCUCAAGAAUGUCCAAAUUUGUUGCGUAAAGGUCUUCUGGAGUUGUUCCCUGGCUGUGUCGAAGUGACCUCACCGCAGUUUACCAUUAUAACUCUUAGUCAAAAAUUAACUGUGUUUUGCACCGUUCCAAGAGUUAUAGCAACGCAACUGGGCGAGGUUCGUUCGGGGCUGGUUUUAACAGCGGCUGUUACAUCCGAUCAAGAAACUGGAGAACGCAGGUUGGAAGCUGUUCUCCCCACGAUCCAAAUCUGGAUAACACGAGCUGGCGUCAAUCCAAAUUGGGAACUUAUAGCACCAAAAGGAUUUAGAUUUUAUAUGCCAAUAAGGAGUGCAGGUCGUGGAUGGUUAGAUGCAACCACAACAGCAUAUGUCGAAAGUCGUUCUCCGUCUGUCAGUGGUGACAAUGAGUUGCCAACCGAAUUGGCAGUAAAGGAAAUUAGUGAGCGGUUCAAAAGGAGCAAUCACUGCGUGGCUCAAGAAUGUCCCACAUUGUUGCGUAAAGGUCUCCUGGAGUUGUUCCCUGACUGUGUCGAAGUGGCCUCACCGCAGUUUACCAUUAUAACUAUUAGUCAAAAAUUAAAGUCAUCCAUGGAGCAGAGGGAAAUGGAAAUUGAGAAGCUGGCUAUAUUUGUUGUUCCGACAGCAUCUGACAUCUGCACGCAGUCAAAGAUGGUCGGUUAUUGGGCUGAUUCCAUAAAUCCUUUCAGCGGACAACCCUAUCUCAAUCCCCUCAAAAUUAGUUUAGUUAAUUUCGUUUUUUUGAAGUUAAUCGUCAACUCAUGAUCCUCGAUAAUGUUCAUUUUCUUGAUCGCCGAGCCAAUAAAGCCUCUCGUUCACACUGAUAAA